GUGGUGUCUCUCUCUCCUCUUCGCAGUUGUCUUCAGUCUCCCCCGAAAUCUCUCACCAAACUAUCUUCGAUAUCGCACGCGCCGCCGCAGGCUUCGCCGCCGGCAACUGCUUUUACCCUUUUCUUCUCCCCUCUCUCUUUCUCUCUUAUCCUCUCAAUCCCCAUAAAAACCCAUAAAAAGAAGAAAUCUCUCUGCUUCGUUUCUUAUAUUCUCCGCUUCAGUCAUUGCUUUGUUCGAUCUGUAAUAAACGAGAGGGGAGAGAAGAGACAAAGAAAAAAAAACACAAAAAAAGAUGGCUCAGGUUCAACAACCUCAAGGUCAAACUCCGAACGGCUCUGUUCCGCAGGGUGGACAGUUUGGUACGACGUCGCUUUAUGUAGGAGAUCUGGAUGCGAGUGUGACCGAUUCGCAGCUUUUCGAUGCGUUUAGCCAAAUGGGUCAAGUUGUGUCGGUUCGUGUCUGUAGGGAUUUGGCUACUCGGAGAUCUCUCGGAUAUGGUUAUGUCAAUUUCACCAGUCCUCAAGAUGCUGCAAGAGCGAUUCAGGAACUGAAUUACAUACCUCUUAAUGGGAAACCUGUCAGGGUUAUGUACUCUCAUCGUGAUCCUAGUGUUCGCCGAAGUGGUGCAGGAAACAUAUUCAUCAAGAAUCUGGACAAGUCGAUAGACCACAAAGCAUUGCACGAUACGUUCUCUACCUUCGGGAACAUCAUCUCGUGCAAGGUAGCUGUUGAUUCUUCAGGUCAAUCAAAAGGCUACGGGUUUGUGCAAUACGAAACUGAGGAAUCUGCACAGAAAGCUAUGGCUCAGCUGAACGGCAUGUUGCUGAAUGAUAAGCAAGUGUAUGUGGGACCAUUCCUCAGGAGACAAGAGAGAGAUUCUACUUCUAACGUAACAAAAUUCACCAACGUGUAUGUGAAGAAUCUUGCUGAAUCAACUACUGAUGAUGAUUUGAAGAACACGUUCGGUGAGUUUGGAACGAUAACAAGUGCUGUGGUGAUGAAAGAUGGAGAUGGGAAGUCAAAGGGCUUUGGUUUUGUUAACUUUGACAAUGCUGAUGAUGCUGCAAAGGCUGUGGAAGCUCUUAAUGGAAAAACGUUUGAUGAUAAGGAAUGGUAUGUUGGUAGAGCCCAGAAGAAGUCUGAAAGGGAAACUGAGUUGAAGGUUCGGUAUGAGCAGAGUUUGAGGGAAGCUGCUGACAAGUUUCAAAGCUCUAACUUGUAUGUUAAGAACUUAGAUGACAGCGUUUCUGACGAGAAACUCAAGGAGCUCUUUACACCUUAUGGCACUGUUACAUCUUGCAAGGUGAUGCGGGAUCCUAAUGGCAUAAGCAGGGGUUCUGGUUUUGUAGCAUUCUCAACUCCUGAAGAAGCGACCAAAGCUAUGUCAGAGAUGAGUGGUAAAAUGAUUGAGAACAAACCACUGUAUGUUGCUGUUGCUCAGAAAAAGGAAGACAGAAGGGCUAGGCUGCAGGCUCAGUUUUCUCAAAUGAGACCAGGUGGAAUGCCACCAUCCGUUGGUCCGCGUAUGCCGAUGUAUCCCCCGGGUGGUCCUGGUGUGGGACAACAAAUGUUUUAUGGUCAGGGACCUCCUACUAUGAUUCCUCCACAGCCCGGGUUUGGCUACCAGCAGCAGAUGGUUCCUGGAAUGAGACCAGGUGGGGCACCGAUGCACAACUUCUUCAUGCCAAUGGUUCAGCAGGGGCAGCAACGUCCUGGAGGGAGACGCCCUGGAGGAAUCCAGCAUCAACAGCAACAGCAAGUUCCCAUGAUGCAGCAGCAGCAGCAGCACCAGAUGCACCCGAGGGGUCGAAUGUUACGCUAUCCUCAAGGUCGUGGGAGUGGUGAUGUUCCUGGAAUGCUUCCAUAUGAGAUGCCUAGUAAUAUGCCGUUACGUAGUGACCCUGUGCUUCCUCAGCAUGUUCCUGUUGGAGCUUUGGCUACAUCCCUUGCUAAUGCGUCCCCAGAACACCAGAGGACGAUGCUGGGUGAGAAUCUGUAUCCGCUUGUGGAGCAGCUUGAGGCAGAUUCUGCAGCCAAGGUGACUGGGAUGCUUUUGGAGAUGGACCAGACGGAAGUGCUACAUCUCUUGGAGUCGCCUGAAGCUCUCAAGGCUAAAGUAGCCGAGGCUAUGGACGUUCUCAGAAGUGUCGCUGCUGGUGGUGCGGCCGAGCAGCUUGCCUCCUUGAACCUUGCCUCUUAAGUGUUCUUGUUUCUCUGUUUGAUUGGGAAAAUACAAUUUUCAAAAGUGUGGCAUGUCUUUUCCAUACACAACUGGAGUGUUUUUUUUUUCUUUCCGUAGGAUUCUUUGACAUGGUUUGUGUUUCUCCCUUCAAACUUAAUAUGCUUUGUGGGAAAACUUGAUCUGGCUUUUUUAUUUUGGUUCUGAAACUCUAAAGUCC